AUGGCCACUUCUCUCGCAGGGCUUUCUGCUUCCGUUACACGCAUCCUGUCGUUGACCGGCUUCCCCAAGGAACUGAAGACAAAAGAUAUACAGACAGCAUUCUCGGACUGGGAGGGCGUGAAUGGCGGCUUCAAAAUCAAGUGGAAGGACGACACGAGCCUGUACAUUGUCUUCCAAGACGCUACUGUCGCGAAAAAGGCAUAUCUGCAUACGCUCGCCUUUCCUCCUUCGACCCUUACAUCACCCACUGGAACGGCAGUCAUCCGGCCAUAUGAUGGACCCGAUGCGCAGACCGUUAUCCAGACGGUGAACUCGCGCGGACAUAAUUCAAAUCCCUCGCGCAGCCACACAGCGCGCGCCGCUUCUAUAUCCGUCCUACCGAACGCUCGUGGUUUAAACCAACCCCACAAUGUCCGGACUCAUAACAUCAACGCUUCGCAAUAUGUUACCAUCGCGGAACAUAGUACCGCCAAUGGUCGCGAACCAUCGCCGACGCUUCCAUCACUCCCAUCACAACCGACCCUCAAUUCAUUGAUCAGCUCUUCGCUAGGCGACGGCGUCACGCUGGGGUCUAACUCUCUCCCUAGUGAUCCUGCGAUUGUCGCGUCUAGCAUGCAUUCGUCGGAAAGCGCGCCCAGGAUUGGUGAUCCUGGAAAAAGGAUGUUGGGUGCGGCGCUGGGCGUACGGCACCCUGCUCUCGGUCCCCGUGUCCUUAGCACUGGCGGACGUGACAGCCCCCAAGCCAUGAACCACAUUCAGAGGGCGAUGGAGAGCCUGGUUGUUGCUGAGUAA